AUGGCACAAACUAUUUUAAGAAGGAUCUGGAGCCACUGUCAGUGCUCUUACCAGCUCUUUAAACAUAAGAGGUCAUAUUUCAUGAGUUCCUAUCCAUUUAAAGAUGAUUUGCCUGUACAGUGUAUGUCAACAUAUGGGCAGUUAUAUAAACCUCACUUGCCUGGAAACAUGGUGUGUGGGCAACCAAACUACAGACACAAAUCUGUGAGAUUUGUGGACAAGAAACAUUUUUCUACAGGCUUUGUACAUCUUACAAAUGUAAAUGUAAUGGAGUCUAUUGAUCUUGAAACGCUUAAGAAGCAGGUCUUGGAAGAAAAAAAGAAAAGCUCAGAUAAAAACAUACACUUGACUGAAAAAGUAAAAGAAAUAGUGGCUGCAAAAUGUGACGAAAUUGUGGCCAACCUAGGACCGGAGGAUGAGAAGAAGUUGAAAGUCAUACAAUUGGAGCAUAGUUUCUUGUAUUCGGAGGGAUACCUAAUUCCUAGUUCGGAAGAAAUGCUCAACGAGUAUUGGCUAGAAGCAAUGAAACUGGAUUCAAAGAAUCAAAGAUUAAAGUACUAUACUUUUCUGGCCAAACGUUCAAAUAUUAGGAAGUCAGCAAAAGAGAAAACUGCUGCUAAAAAGUUGCUGGUGCCCGAAGAAAGAGAGAAAACACCAGUUUAUGAGCAUGGGCGCCUUUUCAUUCGAAUUUAUGAGAGCACAAUGAAAAGGUGGCAGAAUCAUCGCUUGGCUUCCUCCAUGAUGUAUGGCAUACCACUGGUCAUUGACAUGGAUUACGUCACACACAUGCGCAUGCAGGAAGUUAAAAACACAGCAUCACAGUUACAGAGUGUUUAUAAUUUAAACAAGAAUGACGCCUCACCAUUUCAUCUUCAUCUUACCAGUUGCCCUGAAGAUAAUGCUAUUUUAAGGCUGUUUCAAUAUCUGCAACAAGAAGAACAAGAUAUUUUGGCAACUGUGACUGAGAACAGCUUUUUGGAUCUGUUUGAAAGGGAAAAUUUAGUGUACCUCUCACCGAAUGCCAGACAGGUAAUGAAAGAGUUUGACCCUACAGCUGUAUACAUUAUUGGAGCUUUCAAUGAUAAGGCAACAAUGCUGCCUAUAUCCUAUGCCAGAGCAAAAGAGUACAACAUAAAAUGUCAGCGACUUCCACUGGAUGAGCAGCUAGACUGGGGCCUGGGAAGUAAGAACCUGACGCUGGACCAGAUGAUUAAAAUAAUGGUUGCUUUGAAAAACAAGAAGUCCUGGAAGGAAGCCUUAACUGCUAUACCCGGUCGAAAAUUGAAAAAACUCGCCGAUGGUGACAAAUAA